UGGGAUGCCAUCUGGGAAGGGACGGGGAUGGUUGCUCAGGCAAUUCCCUACAUUCACAACUCCCAGCUUCCCAGAGCGGAGUGAGGAGGACAAGGGCUGCAGCCUGUGGGACUGAGCGUGUGGUUGCAUCCAAGCAAGAAAUUGGCGUGAGUGACACAGCCCCAAGGGAGCCAUCAGCAGUGAUGCUGUUCUUCCUCACCUGCCUGCUGGCUGUCUUCCCAGUGGUCUCCAUGAAGAGUCCUAUCUUUGGCCCCCAGGAAGUGAACAGAUUGGAAAGUGCCUCAGCAUCCAUCAAGUGCUAUUACCCAGCCACCUCUGUUAACCGGCAUUCCCGGAAGUACUGGUGCCAGCAGGGAGCCAGGGGCCGCUGUACAACCCUCAUUUCCUCGGAAGGCUAUGUCUCCAAGAAUUAUGAGGGCAAAGCCAACCUCACCAACUUCCCAGAGAGCAACAUGUUUGUGGUGGACAUUGGCCAUCUCACCCAGAGUGACUCCGGGCGCUACAGGUGUGGUGUGGGCAUGAAUAACCAAGACCUGUUCUUUGAUGUGAGACUGAAGGUCAGCCCAGCUCUUGGGCUCCUAAAUGGCACUAAAGUCUACACAGCAGAACUGGGAAGAACAGUGACCAUUAGCUGCCCUUUCAACUCUGAGAAUUCUCAGGAGAAGAAGUCUGUGUGCAGGAAGACAGACGAGACCUGUAUCCUAGUCAUUGACUCCAGCGGGUAUGUAAGCCCCAGCUACUGCGACAGGGUCCGCCUCACUAUUCAGGGUACCAGCCAGCUAGUGUUCAACUUUGUCAUCGACCAACUGCAGCUCAGUGAUGCUGGGAUGUAUGUCUGCCAGGCUGGGGACAAUUCCAGAGCUGAUAAAAGCAAUGUUGACCUUCAAGUGCUGAAGCCUGAGCCCAAGCUGGUUUAUGGAGACCUGAGGGGCUCGGUGACCUUUGACUGUGCCCUGAGCCCCAAGGUGGCAAAUCUGACCAAAUUUGUAUGCCGGGUGAAUAAUGGCAAAGGCUGCGAAGUGGUCAUCAACACCUUGGGAAAGAGGGCUCAGGCCUUCGAGGGAAGAAUCCUGCUCACUCUCAAGGACAAAAGCUCCUUCAGGGUGCAUAUCACUGGCCUAAAGAGAGAAGACGCAGGGCACUACCUGUGUGGAGCCCACUCUGAUGGCGAACCUCAGGAAGGCUUGCCCACCCAGGCUUGGCAACUCUUCGUCAAUGAAGAGACAACGAUUCCCCGUAGUCCCUCUGUGGUGAAGAGUGUGGUAGGAGGCUCUGUAGCCUUACUCUGCCCCUACAACCCUAAAGAUAGAAACGGACUGAAGUACUGGUGUCGCUGGAAUGGGGCUCAAAAUGGUGGCUGCCCGCAGCUGGUGAGCAGCCAGGGGCUGGUGAAGGAACAUUACGAAGACUACGAGGGCCGGCUCGCCCUGUACGAAGAGCCAGGCAAUGGCACCUACACUGUCAUACUCAACCAGCUCACCACCCAGGAUGCUGGCUUCUACUGGUGUCUGACCGACGGCGAUACGCACUGGUGGUCCACAGUGGAGCUCAAGGUUGUCGAAGGAGAACCAAACCUCGAGGUAUCCACGAAUGUCACUGUUGGGGUGGGAGAGACUCUCAAGCUCCCCUGCCACCUACCAUGCAAAUUCGCCUCCUAUGAGAAAUUCUGGUGCAAGUGGAGCAGCAAAGGUUGCAAGGCCCUGCCCAGCCACAACGAGGGCUCAGGCCAGGCCUCCGUGAACUGCAGCCAGGGGAACCAGCUCAUCUCCCUGAUCCUGAACUCCGUCACCCAAGAGGACGAAGGCUGGUACUGGUGCGGGGUGAAGGAGAACCUCCGAAUCAGAGAGACUGUGGCUGUCUAUGUGGAGGUCAAGGAAAAGGUGAAGGAUGUCAGCCAAGUGAAUGCCGCUCCUGGCGAGGAGGUGAUAGAGCCAAGAUCUCAAGAUGUCAGCCAAGUGGAUGUUGCUCCUGGCGAGGAGGUGAUAGAGCCAAGGUCUCAAGAUGUCAGCCAAGUGGAUGCUGCUCCUGGUGGGAAGGUAAUAGAGCCACGUGUCAGGAAGAUUGAAAACCAAGUCGUUCAGGAUCCCAAGCUUUUUGUGGAGGACAGUGAAAUAGAUACUGGAGACUCAGCUCACGGAAGAAAAGCACCUGCAGACCCUGGCAGCUCUGCGGGACAAGGUGGGAGCUCCACGGUGCUGGUCUCCACCCUGGUGCCCCUGGCCCUGGUGCUGGCACUGGGGGCCUUGGCGGUGGGAGUGGUUAGAGCCCGGCACAGGAGGAACGUUGACCGGGUUUCAAUUAGAAGCUACAGGACAGACAUUAGCAUGUCGGACUUUGAGAAUUCCCGGGACUUUGGAGCCAAUGACAACAUGGGAGCCUCUUCGAUCACUCAAGAGACAGCUCUUGGAGGAAAAGAUGAGUUCAUGGACACCUCCGAGAAUACUGUGGAAACCGAACAACCCAAGAAGGCGAAGAGGUCCUCCAAGGAGGAAGCUGACAUGGCCUACACCGCCUUCCUGCUCCAGGCCAACGACAUGACGGCCAACGUCCAGGAUGGCCCCAGCGAAGCCUAGGCUGAGAGCCAGCUGUCUGUCUCCUUCUACCACCCUUGACAAUCACCUUUAGAAUCAUGUUGAUCUUCAGUGUCCUCACCUUCAGGGGCUCCACUACCUGCACACACACCCCACCUAGGCUUUUCCUGGAGAGCAUUCUGGUCCCUCCUCAGUGGCAUCCAAGCCUGGCCUCAUUGCUGCUGUUUGGGGUGAAGUGAUGUAAGUUCCCACCUGCAGCUUAUUUCUAAUGAGAAAGCCUAAGGUGCGAAAGGAGAAUUGAGAUUUUAGAGGGGCCUUGCCAAAAGAAGAGAGACCAGGGUGAGUGAGGAGAUAAUUUUAGAAAGGAAGCCCAUUCAAGGCUUCUCUACACCCUUAUUAUGGGAUGCUGAGGAGGGACUGGUCUCCAAAGAGCUAAGGUUUAAGGUCUUUUUCCCUCUGAGCUCUGUACCUCAACCAGCAUCUGCAAGCUGGCACUUGCUAACAAAUCAAAACUGUGACUUCAUUAAUAAUUAAAGACUGUAAUUGCAACCAAAGAGGCUGACUACAUUUGUCCCUCAUACUGCUGUUC